UACAUAGAAAAUGGUAAGCAAUAUUGCACACUUAAUAAAAAUUGCUGGGAGACUUAAUAGCAUACAUGCACCAGAAGCGGAACUGUAGUAACAAAAGUUCCAUCCACAUGCGUUUCGUGUAAACAAACACGGGAAAAGAAAAUGAUAUGAUAUGGCUGCAAAAAAAGAUGAUGAAAAUGUUUGCGACCAGCUUCGAAACGUAACACUUUCAGCAGAGAAAAAAGAAACACCAUGUAUUUUGGUUUUAGGAAUGGCGGGCUCAGGCAAAACUACAUUUGUUCAGAGGCUCACAUCCUAUCUUCAUUCUAAGAAGCAACCACCAUAUGUAAUUAACCUGGACCCUGCUGUUCAUGAGGUACCUUACCCUGCUAACAUUGACAUACGUGACACAGUAAACUAUAAAGAGGUGAUGAAACAGUACAACUUGGGACCAAACGGAGGAAUAAUGACAUCACUAAAUCUGUUUGCAACCAAGUUCGAUCAAGUGAUAGAUUUUGUAGAGAAAAAGAAAGAGGAAUACGGCUGUAUUUUGUUGGACACACCUGGACAAAUUGAAGUGUUCACUUGGUCAGCGUCUGGUACAAUAGUCACAGAAUGUCUUGCCUCCACAUUUCCUACAAUUAUCGUUUAUGUGAUUGAUACAGCACGUUGUACGAAUCCUGUGACAUUCAUGUCAAACAUGCUGUACGCAUGCAGCAUAAUGUACAAAACAAAAUUGCCAUUUAUUGUUUUGUUAAAUAAGGUGGACAUUAUAGAUCAUUCUUUUAUCACUGACUGGAUGACCGAUUUCGAAUCUUUUCAAGAUGCGCUUGCUUCUGAAACAUCUUUCAUGUCUAACCUAACUCGUUCGAUGAGUCUUGUACUGGACGAGUUUUAUCAGCAUUUAAAAUGCGUCGGUGUGUCAUCGAUGACAGGGUUUGGAAUGGACGAUUUCAUGAAGAGCAUCGAGACCGCUGUACACGAAUACAACACAGAGUUUAAACCAGAACUAGAGAGAAAGAUAAAAGAAAAGAAAAAGAGUACGUCGAAGAAAACUAAAGGUGAAGACUCUUCGAAGUUAUUCUCCAAGCCUGUGUUUAGCGUGCCUGUCGACCAGACUGACGCUUCUGGACGCGAAGACGAAAAUUCGAACAACAUCAACGAAGAUAUUGCGUUCGAUAGGUUCGUAAAUGAAGCCAAACCGCGGGAGGAAUAAAUAACGAAUAUGGUAGAUUAGCUGCGAAAAAUAAUCCGAAUAAUCGUAACAUCAGAGCAUACCGGUUCGAUUUGGAGACAACCAGUUGAGGCCAUAGAUCUCAAGAACGUUGAAGAAAUGUAAAGUAACGAAAAAACAUUAUCUUUUGUAAAAUGUUGAUAAGCGGGUGAAGUAAUAAACCGCAAAAACUCUCG